AUGAAACAAGCAUUUAUUUCCAGAGGCUUCGGAGGACAAUCUGGCUUUCAUUAUUUGAGCUCUUAGUUUAGUCAGGAAUGUGGCUUUCUCAAAAUUACAAAUAUUCACAAUGGUGAAACAUGGUUGUGGCAACAUGAUGCUGUGGGCUUUCUUCUUAGGUUUUCUGCCUCUACAUUUUUAGCUUCCCGCCAUCAGACAACAACACAAUUCAAAUAGGAAAAAAAUAGGAGAUUUUUUGGCGCCCGCUCUAGUGCAGCGCCCCAUACAUCACAUAUAGUGCAUACCCACUUUUUGUGCUGAAAAGUAAAUACAGAUGAUUUUUGUUUGAAAAUAAGGAGUGAAAAAGUUCAUUGUUUAUGAGUAGCUUUGCGAGGAACUGUAUCUAUCAGAGCAUCAGUGUUUCCGUUGUGUUUCUGGAAAACUCCCCAGUUAUAGUAAAUAAUCAAUGAGCAGCAUUUGGGUGAGCACGCUGAUGCAUCAUCGCCCAGCAGGGGGGACAGGAAGUGUUUACGCCUGUCUCUGCAUCAACAGUUGGUGUGAGUGAGGAGCCUGACGCGCUGCCUGAUCAUCAUCAACACUCCCUCUUUUUCCUGUGUUCUUCCACGGAGAUCUCCCUCAGUCCUGGAUCAGCUCACUACAAACAUCCUCCUCCUCUUUGCUCUCAGCGAGCUGAUGCAUGCCACGGAAGCAGUGACGUCACUUGUUUACUGUCUUGUAGGUCGCCCCGGAGUUGCAGUGCAGCACCUCAUCCAGCAGGGCUUAUGUAACUUCCCCCCUGCCUUCUGCAUGACUGGCACUUUGCUGUUUUUAUUCGCCAUCUCUUCUUCUUCUCCCUCAUGUGCAGGUGCGUGCCCUGACACGGCAGCCAUGUUUGGCAGCCUGGCGUUAUUUCACUUCCACUGGAUUGUUUGUCUGGUCAAAGCGCAGCGAGUUCACUGCUGGAGCGGUUAACGGAGCUCCUCCUUCCACACACAUAACCCACGGUCCUCCACUGCAGCAGCAGGAGAGAAGUAAACAACCGUGGAUACGUGUGACUCAAGACUUAAUGAUGGAGGGAACUUCCAAAAGUGGAGCGGCUGCUGCAGAGCCCAGUGUUGCUGCUCAGGUUCCUUUCCUUCACUUGUGCACAACUUUAGAGAAAAUCCAGAAGUCCAAACUCCGUCCAGAUAAAUCCAAGAUCCUUGGAGAUUUCGUUGAAUCAUGGCGGAAAUUUCAUGCCGCGCUCCACAAGGACAAUCCGAAAACUACAGACUCCUUCUACCCUGCUAUGCGCCUCAUCGUCCCGCCUUUUGAGCGAGAGCGAAUGGCCUAUGGCAUCAAAGAGAGCAUGCUAGCUAAGCUCUACAUCGAUGUUUUAGGCCUCCCAAAGAAUGGCCCAGAAGCCAGUAAGCUCCUGAACUACCGUGCUCCGACUACAUCCCAAGGGGAAGCAGGAGAUUUUGCCGGUAUAGCGUAUUUUGUGCUCAAGAAGCGAUGUACCAGCCAAGGAAACCUCAGUAUCAAAGAGGUCAAUGUCUUUCUUGACUCAGUGGCCAUCAACAAUGCCAGCAAGCAGAAGGAUCAGGUAAAAAAGAGCCUGUUGCACCUCAUCACUCAGAGCUCUGCUCUGGAGCAAAAGUGGCUUAUUAGGAUGAUUCUGAAGGACAUGAAGCUUGGAGUCAGCAAGGAAACUGUUCUCCAGGUCUUCCACCCGGACGCCGCGGAGCUCUACAAUGUCAACACGGACUUAAAGAAAGUAUGCCAGCAGCUGCACGACCUCUCUGUGUCUUUAAGCGAAAUCUCGAUUGAACUCUUUUCUGCCUUCAAGCCAAUGUUGGCAGCGGUGGCCAACAUCCGCAACAUCGAGAAGCAGAUGGGCAACAGCCCCUUUUACCUUGAGACAAAGCUGGAUGGGGAGCGGAUUCAGCUUCACAAGGAUGGAGACGUGUACAAGUACUUCAGCCGGAACGCAUUUGAAUACACGCAGCAGUUCGGAGGAUCGCCUCUCGAGGGAUCGCUCACUCCUUACAUCCACAACGUGUUCAAAAGCAACGUUGUAAACUGCAUCCUGGACGGCGAGAUGAUGGCGUUCAACCCGACGGCGGGGACCUUCAUGCAGAAAGGCAGCAAAUUUGACAUUAAGAGACUGAUGGACGACUCUGAGCUGCAGACGUGCUUCUGCGUCUUUGACGUGUUGCUGGUUAAUAACCAAAAACUUGGCAAAGAACCGCUGAAGAAGCGAUAUGAGGUUCUCCAGACGGUUUUCACCCCAGUCAAGGGUCGGAUACAUGUGGUGCCAAAGACAGAAGUGGGAACAGUGCAAGAUGUAGUUAGUGCUCUUAACGAUGCCAUUGAUAACAGGGAAGAAGGGAUUAUGGUGAAAGACCCUUUGUCCAUCUACAAACCUGAUAAACGAGGGGAGGGUUGGCUGAAAAUAAAGCCGGAGUAUGUGGACGGCUUGAUGGAUGAGCUGGACCUGCUGAUUAUUGGUGGUUAUUGGGGGAAAGGAAGACGGGGCGGGAUGAUGUCCCACUUUCUAUGUGCUAUUGCAGAAGCGGCAAAGCCUGGUGAGAAGCCCUCGGUUUUCCACUCCUUCUGCCGAAUUGGCUCAGGUUACACCAUGAAAGAGUUAUAUGACCUUGGAUUGAAGCUUGCGAAGCAUUGGAAAGUCUACCGGAAAAACGACCCGCCGGCGUCCAUCCUCUGUGGAGUGGAGAAACCGGAAGUGUACAUCGAACCCUGCAACUCGGUCAUCAUCCAGGUCAAAGCGGCCGAGAUAGUCGGAAGCGACAUGUACAAGACCAACUGCACCCUGCGGUUCCCCAGAAUUGAAAAGAUCCGCGAGGACAAAGAGUGGCACCAGUGCAUGACUCUGGCAGAGCUGGAUCAGUUCCGCAGCAAGGCGUCCGGGAAACUGGCCUCGCGGCACCUUCACAUUGACGGCGAUGAACCACAGAAGAAGAAACGGAAGCUGCCUGUCAAACCCAAGAAGGUGGUUGGUGUCAUUGACCACUUCAAGACCCAGGAUCUGUCUGGAGUUUCCAAGGAGACGGACAUGUUUGAGGAUGUGGAGUUCUGCAUCCUGAACGGCACUGAAGGUCACCCAAAGUCAGAGCUGGAGAAGGGCGUGGCCAGGUGUGGCGGCAUUGUGGUCCAGAACCCGGGACGGGACACUUACUGCGUGGUUGCCGGCGUGGAGAACAUGCGCGUGAAGAACCUGAUUUCCUCCAAUCAGCACGACGUGGUCUGGGCAUCAUGGCUGCUGGAGUGCCUGGAUCAGAAGGAAGUGGUGCCAUGGCAACCGCGCCACAUGAUCCACAUGUCGCCCUCAACCAGGGAACAUUUCGCCAAGGAGUACGACAGCUACGGUGACAGCUACUUUGUCGAUACGGAUGAGCAGCAGCUGAGGGAAGUGUUCAGCAGGAUUGACGGCGAGCAGGCGGCAGCGGCGGCGGCAUCUGUCAGCGCGGCGCAGGUGGAGGAGCGUUACGGCUGGGACGACCUUCCCACCAGCAUGUUCAGACCCUUCACCUUUUACUUCGACAUCUUGGAUCAGAAAAGCGCAACAGGUGCUACCUGUCUGGACAUCAGGGCGCUGGAGGUUCGAUACCACGGAGGGACGGUGGCGAAGGCGCUGGAGGAAGGAGUUUCUCACGUCGUCGUCGAGGAAGAGACGAGACUCCUGGAGCUGAGGACGCUGAGGCGCCGCUUCAGGAAGAAGUUUAAGAUCGUUAGAGACUCGUGGGUGACCGACUCCAUCGCGGCAGGGCAUCCGAUGGACGAUGCUGACUACCUGGUGUGAUGCUACAACCGAUUAGCAAAGUUUGCAUUUAAGCUAAUAUUUUAACACAAAAUCUUAUUUUUCGUCGAGUUUCCAGUGCAAAUAUCUUAGUAUAAGACAAAACUAACUUAUAAAUAACUUUUAAGCAAGAUAUGGGAACUUAUUUUAAGUAAAUAAUUCUUCAGUAUUGAUGAAAAAGUACAUUAUUUAACUUAUAACAUGGGAAACAUUUCUUGUUAGAGUUAAAUAAUCUGUCAGGGAAACAAAUAUCUUGCCAAAAAGUUGCUUGUAUGUUGUUUUUUUUGUCUCAUUUCAAACGGACAAAAAUACUCGAUAAGAUUUCCAAUCAGAUUAGAAAUAAAGUUAGCAAUUAUUUAGUUUUAUUAAUAUACUUCUCAGGGUUUUAGCAUAGUAAAUGUUUUCUUUAUGAUUUGAAAUUGAACAGUAAAUAAUGUCUUUAUCCAGUUUGAAUUAAUUUAGGAUAUAUUGAGAGGACGUUUUAUGGGAUUUUAUGCACAUAGGAAAAUGAUACAUAGUGAAACACGGUGGUGGCACCAUCAUACUGUGGGGAAGUUUAUCUUUUUUAGCACAGAUGAUAUGUAUGGAACGAAAUGCUGAACUCUAAGAAACAUUUUUGUCUCUAAUGCAGAAAAUGGCACUACCACAGCAUGAUGCUGCCACCACCAUGUUUUACUACGUGUUGGUCUAAAAGUCUAAAAAGCUGCACUGAAUGUGUACAUUUAUAAUAAAAACGCGCACAUGAAUACUACAUUCUUAGUUUUUAAGAGACACUAUGUUCCGGCAUCUAUAUUCUUUUUAAAUUUAUCUAUUAAACUAUUUUUAUUAUUUUAUUGCCUUAUGAUUGAUCAAUAAUGAAUUUGAAUCCUAUCCACCUGUAGGACUGAAUGAGCAUUAACAUGAUUUGUUUAUAGUCAAUAAAAUCUUAGUUUUAUUUCGUCAGCAUGUUUAUUGGCUCGUUUUUAAUAGAUGACCUUCAAAAUAAAUAGCUUCAGAGUUUUUAAAUUACGUUGGAUUUAAAUUAUGUUUUUUGUUAAAAAAAGGCCACAGCCUUUCUGAUUUCACAUAUAUGUGGGCAUUUGGUGGAGGAUCUGUGAUGCUGUGGGAAUCUUUCUCGUCUUUUCUAAUGGGUAAGAUGAGUAAUAAUAAUUGUAAAACUGUGGAUAUUUGUAAAAAGAUGGUUCCUCCAUUGAGUAAA